UGUUGAUUGGAGCAUAACAAUUUCAUAUAAUAACUCCACUGCCCUUAUUCUUUCUUAGUAGGACAUCUAGCAAUCAGUUUUAGCCGAAGAAAUACUUUACAGUUUAUUUUCAUCAAGACAUGGCUUUAAACCAUCUCCCUCCUGCCACUGGAAAAACCAUACAAACACCAGACGGUGUCAAAUAUGUAUAUGCAUACUCGGCGGCAGCGGCGAAGAAGCCUACUUUCUUGCUUCUUCAUGGAUUCCCAAGUUCAAGUUACGACUGGCGUCAUCAAGUCAAAAAACUCUCAGAGCUCGGUUACGGUGUGAUUGUACCAGACUGUACGUAGAAUGACCAUUCGUUUCCUGUGCUAGAGAUUGAAGGCAGGAUUCAUCCAAACACGCCACUUCUAGCGCCUCAACUUUUGAGGGGGAUGUAUGCUAAAUCUUUGCAGUGCUUGGAUAUGGCGAUACGGAUAGUCCGACGGACUUGGAGAGAUACAAAAUGAAGAAGAUGGCUACGGAUGUUUCACUGAUCUUGGAAAAAGAGUCUUUAGACACUGUCAUUGGGGUGGCACAUGAUUGGUACGCAAUUCUUUUCCCUCCCAUUUAGAAAAGUAACACUAACUUUAGGCUUCCAAGGGGCGUCGGCAUCUUAUCCCGGCUGGCCAACUACUUCCCGGAAAAGUUCUCGGGCUUUAUAUUUGUGUCCGUUCCUUACAUAGAACCUGGCCCAUUUCCUCUGGGUAAUAUUCUCGAGCCUCAUAAGUAAUUUUGUGUCUUGCUAAUUAGCAAAAAUUGCGUACUAUUCAGAUGCUAUCAACGCUAUGACAGAGCAGAAUUUUGGCUACACGACUUUCGGAUACUGGCCUUUCUUCAAUGAAGAUGAUGCGGCUGAUAUCUGCGAUAAGAAUGUAGGUGAAGACUCUGAUAUUGAAAAACAUUGGCUGAAGAACAACAGCAUACCUCAUUCACAUCUCUCGUCUACCCACAGACCCAUGAGAUGUGGAAGACAGAAUUUGCACCAUUGGGGGCUUGCAAAAUCUGGGUGACAUCGAAUACAUUGAAGCCCCUUCCAACUUGGUUUCCUGAGUCUGAAGCAGCAAUUCACGCAAAAAUAUUCUCCAGAAAUGGUUAUCGAGGACCGCUCAAUUGGUAUGUUUUGAUUCUUAAUCGACUGACUUGUCGUCACAUUGACUGACCUGAUUACAGGUAUAAGACAACAAUGCGUGGACUUAACAUAGAAGAUGAGGCUCAAAUCCCGGAGGAAAAUAAAAUUAUUAACAGCCCAACUUUGGUCGUUGUUACCGACAAAGAUUAUGUCUGUCGCGCCGAAGCAGCACAUCAGAUAUUGCCUAAAAGCAUACCUAACCUUGCCAUAAAGACGAUCUUAGGAUGUGGUCAUUGGCCCACAUUGGAAGCAAAAGACGAGACCAAUGAAAUAUUGAUCAAGUUUGCUGCAGUGAUUGAAGGUAGAGAAAAGCUGGGCGACAUCUAG